UUCAUUUUAAUAUCUAUAAGUUUUAAAUAAGAAAUUUUAUAUUCGUAGAAUUUUUAAAUGGCAUUUUGUAUCUUGAUUUUAAUAUCAAUUUUCUUUAUGGUGAUGAAACCAAUUGAAGGAGUAAAUUUUAAAAAUCAUCAUGAGGAUUAUAAAAAUUACAUAAAAUAUGUGGUGCAUUACAUUCAAUCAAAUAUUAAAUUGAAUGAAAUACAAAAUUUAGAAUUAGUACAAGAUUCAAACAAUAUUAUUAGAAUAAAAGAAGCUUGCAAUAUAUACAAGUCUAUGCAAUUCUUCAAAAGUGUAUAUUCUUAUAUCAUAAGUAUACUCAAUUUCAAAUAUACUGAAAUACUGAAAAAAUUCCUCGAUGACAUAGACAUUAUCCUCCAUAAAUGUAAGCAAUUUCAAGAUAAAAAUUUAUCAGAAAAUUUUAUUAGUUGUGUCACAUUACUAGUAGAAGAAGUGAAAAAUUCGAAGAUUAUGUUUGAAAAUCUUUACAACGCUAUGAAGUUUUUAAGCUACAUAGAUGUACGAUAUUUAUUUAGAGGAUCCAUUGUGACAAAUGUAAUAAUUGAUGAAAUUGAUUUUUUUCUACAGUAUGUCUUACAAAAAAUAUCAGAGACCAAAAAUUUAGAUCUCAAUAGCUUACCAAAUCUUAAAGACUGUGAAACGGAUUUUAAGAAUUUAAAUGAAUUCUAUACAGAAGCAUUAGGAAAAGUAAACAAUCUCUUUCAAAAUAGUAAUAUCAUCAUCACCUAUACAAAAACUGAUUGGACGACAAUUCAAAUUAAGGAAUUCUCUAAUGAAAAUGACUCUUACUUAGUCUAUUUAAUAUGUAGUAAACUUAAUUUAUUUUACAAUCAAACCAUAGAAAUUUGGUAUAAAAAUAUUGGCUUUGAACAAUUUUUAAAUCCAAAUAUACCCGAACUUAUACCUCCAAUAAUCAAUCAAAAUGAUGCAGUAGAAGCUCUCAAUAUUCUUCUUCAGGAAACUGGCUGGAAAUCAAUGAAUCACAUAACAAUAAUUUACAAUAAUAAACACUUCAGCGUAGAUUAUAUAAUAAAAGACACCAUUAAUAACAUCAAUUUUCAAAUAAAAAAGGAGCAUGUAAUUCAAUUAUUAAGAUGUAGGUAUACAGAAGUAAUAAAAAACUACAAUGUACUGAUAUCUGCUAUAAUGGUUCUAUGCAAUGCAGAAUCGAAGCCUUUGAACUACAAUUGUUUGAUUAAAUUUUUUAAUGUAUUCAACAAAUCUAAAUUAAUGCUUAAAGGAUUGUAUACAGCUUUAAUUACUUUAAAUAAAUCAUCAAUAUGGACUGUUAAUUUCAGCUCUCAAUCAAGUUUACAUAAAAUAUUAGAAUGGGUUUCAGGUUUUCUCUGUUUAUUAAAGAACAAUGAGUUUUCUCAAGUUAAUUUGAAAAACAAUGAAAUUGAAAACAUCAAAAUAGUUGAAAAACUUCUCAAUAGUAUUCAAUGUUUUCGUGUAAAAUUAAAUGAUGAAUUGCAUAGUGAUAUGAUUCACAUAAAAACACGUUGUUUAAUAAAAGUACCUUUUUAUGAUAAAUUUAAAAAAAUUAGAGAUUUCAUGAAGUCAGCAAAUAUGUUAAAAAAUACAUGUCCUCAAUCAAUAAAUCAAAGUUACCUUAAUGCAUGUAAUUAUUUUGAAAAUUUUUGUGAAAAUGUUUACCAAUCUUGUUAUGAAAUACUGGGUUUUAGAAAAGUGGAUUGUGACAACAAAAGUUUAGACGACAAACUUAUUCCAUUUAUUGUGAAUUAGAUGGAUUAUUUAUUUACUUAGUUUUUAACUAUAAAGUAAUGAAUAGUCAUCAUAAACUCAAAAAUUAGAUUUAAUACUACUACUAUAAAUAAAAUGAAUUCUGAAGUUAUUAUUUUGCUUUACUUAUAAUUCUAGUUUUUUUUUUUUGUAAAUUUAAUUUUUUUAUUACUCUUUGACUGGACAUUAGCA